GCGUUAAUAUGUCCUUAUGAUCUUUCCUUACUUUUUUCGUUUUUUGUUUAAUUUUGUUAAUUUAUGACAUAUUUGGAGAGGACUUAUUGAACGAAUAAUAGCUAUAAUUGAAUCAUAGAAUCUUGUUAGCUUGAUUCGUUUUUAGAUUUCAAUGACACAAAUUUUUUAUCUUUGAAUAAAAUUUGUUCGCUUGGAAAAUUUUUGCAAAUGGAAUUACAUUCUUUCUACACGUUAUGUUUAAAAAGAUUGUGUAGCCAGUGUAGAUUUACAGAGAGAUCACUGUGACUACAAGAACGCAGAAAAAUGCAUGCUCUAAUUACUACGCUAGAACUUCAUGCAUUUAUUGAGGAAAACACUACAAGCUGCCAGUUAUAAUUGGCAUACAUUAAAGAGCAAUUAAGUCUUUUAUUUAAAAAGAUGUGUACAUAUUGCUCUCUAAAGAGCAAGAAAUGAAUGUUAGCUGAAUUGAAUUCUACUUUGUUUCACAAUAUGUAGUUAUGACAAAAUGCAAUUUUAAUACAUGUAUUACAUUCUGUUAUACUAUACUUGUAAAAAUGAAACUUACUUUUCUUACAUAUUCUUACCCACAUUAUUUUUAAUGCUAAAAAUUAUGCUAUGUUAACUAUAUUGAAAGCUAUGUAUAUAUAUUUUAUAUUUUACAUUUACAAAUUAUAUUCUCGUUAUUAAUACAUUCACUAUGUAAUUUACAAAUUUAUAAACAAGUUUUAUUAAAUUAGUUAACUUGUAAAUUUUUUUUUUUUUAACGACAAUCGCAAGUAUUCUUUGUAUAUCUAUUAAUAUAAAGGAAAUCUAUUACUCUUAAGCCAAUUUGAAAUGUUAUUGCUCUUAAGUCGUCGUAUAAAAACGGAUAGGUAUAUUCGCGUGGAUCUGUGGGCGGAAGAGGGAGAGCUCAUAUAAAGCAACUCUUCUAGGAAGAAACGCAAUGCUUCAGAAGCCAAUGCCACGCGAGAACGUUGUACCAUCUAGUCUCUUGGUUAUCCUAUUUAUUUAUUUGCUAGAUUCGCGUCCUGUUUUAACGUUAUCGUAAAAUCAUUCGUUUAAUAUUAUUCUAAAAUGUGUGACGACGACGUGGCCGCGUUAGUGAUUGACAAUGGAUCGGGAAUGUGCAAAGCCGGAUUUGCCGGGGACGACGCUCCUCGAGCUGUAUUUCCCUCUAUCGUUGGAAGACCUCGAUAUCAGGGAAUUAUGGUCGGCAUGGGACAAAAGGACAGUUACGUAGGCGACGAGGCGCAGAGUAAACGGGGAGUUCUCACUGUUAAAUAUCCUAUAGAGCACGGUAUCGUUACCAAUUGGGACGACAUGGAGAAGAUCUGGCAUCAUACAUUUUACAACGAGUUAAGAGUCGCGCCGGAAGAGCAUCCCGUUUUGUUGACGGAAGCUCCCCUGAAUCCUAAAGCCAAUCGCGAGAAAAUGACGCAAAUCAUGUUCGAGACCUUCAAUACUCCGGCAAUGUACGUUGCCAUUCAGGCUGUUUUGUCUUUAUACGCGUCAGGACGUACGACUGGUAUAGUGCUGGACAGUGGCGACGGGGUGUCUCAUACAGUACCGAUUUACGAAGGAUACGCUUUACCACAUGCGAUUUUGCGCUUGGAUCUGGCCGGUCGCGACUUGACAGAUUACUUGAUGAAAAUUCUGACUGAAAGAGGCUACACCUUCACAACUACCGCUGAGCGUGAAAUCGUACGUGACAUCAAGGAGAAGCUGUGUUAUGUGGCCCUAGACUUUCAGCACGAAAUGGCGACAGCCGCCGCAUCGACUGCAUUAGAGAAGAGUUACGAGUUACCGGAUGGUCAGGUCAUCACAAUCGGCAACGAGCGCUUCCGCUGUCCGGAAGCGAUGUUCCAGCCGAGCUUUCUAGGCAUGGAAUCCUGCGGCAUACACGAGACGACGUACAAUUCGAUCAUGAAGUGCGACGUCGACAUCCGCAAGGAUUUAUACGCCAAUUCGGUGCUCUCAGGCGGCACUACCAUGUAUCCGGGUAUCGCCGAUCGGAUGCAAAAGGAGAUAACGGCGCUCGCGCCGCCGACCAUGAAGAUCAAAGUAAUCGCGCCGCCCGAGAGGAAAUACUCGGUAUGGAUCGGCGGUUCGAUCCUCGCCAGCCUUAGCACGUUCCAGCAGAUGUGGAUCUCUAGACAGGAGUAUGACGAAUUAGGACCAUUCAUUGUGCACAGAAAAUGCUUUUGAGAUGCCAUCGUCCGGAACGCUUCUCGACCAAUAUUAAUCCUUGGCAGUAUGCGAGAUAACUGAAAGAAUAUUUAUUUUCCGAGUAGUAAUUUAUUAUUCCCUCAAUAAUUCUUUUCUUACAUAUAUAUUUUGUCAUCUGUUGUGCUUCUUGAAAAAUAAUUGUUGAAAGCUCGCCAAUAGUUUUUUUUCUUACCAUUUGUUAAAUAGAUAUUUCUAGAUUGA